GACAGGUGAAAUGUUUCUAAUUCCUGGCGGAAACAGGUUCAACGAGUGGAGACGUCACACACGUUAUCAACAUGGUAGGUGUUUCCUCUCUCCAGCUCAGAUUGCGCCUUUGUUCAAGCAUCGACUUGUUUGACUUGAUGAUUUCCUAAUGGAACCUCCUUCAUACGAGGAGGCCAGUCGCUAUCCACCUCAUCUUCAGUCUACGGGGGAACUAAACAGCUCCUCUACACCUGUCCACAGAAACAUCCCUUCAGUACCACCGACACCACCUCCCACUUAUAGAGAGGCAGUCCAUCCAGAUGUUUUCCCUGUCCUGACUCCACUCUCUGCACCAGUUGGGAUCCCACCAUCACACACCCCUGGAGUCACGGUGCAUCCACUUACACAAAUUGGUGAACUGGCAGCGGCCAGCAGCAGACGAGCUCAGACAGUGGUCGCUGUGUCCCAGCCAACACCCGUCCCCAUCACAGUGACGAGUCUGAGAGAUGCCCCCGGUUUGAUCUGGUGUCCGUGCUGUAAUGAACUUGUCACAACUGAAGUCAAAUACGUGCCGGGGUGUUCUGCUUGGUGUACAUGUGUGCUGUUUGCACUAAUGGGGUUGUUCUGUGGUUUCUGUUUGAUUCCUUUAUGGAUGCGACGGCUGCAGGAUGCACAUCACUCCUGUCCGAGAUGUAGAGAGAAAGUGCACGUUUACAAGCGAUGAUGCUCUCAGGGAGUUCCUCUCACUCCUCUUAAGAGCUACUUACACAUUUAUGUUACAGUAUCCUAAUGGAAUUGUGGACGUAGAUAUAUGCUAUUCACUGUGACAUAAAAGUGUCAUUUACACUGCACUGAGUGAAAAGGACUCAUUUUUUCUGUGAAGGAAAAUAAACAGAUAUAUUUUUUUCUAUAGAUGUGAGUAAAGAAACCAAAAAUUAUUUAGUUUUUAAUUAUUAUCUGGCAUUACUGACAGGAAAAUAGUUAGUGAUUUAACCCUCUGGAGGCAGGCGUUGCAGAUUUGCAAGGCUAAAACCUGCAACGUUAAAACCUGCCCACCUGGUUACUCCACACACGUGUUUCAUGAGCAUUUUUAACUCAGAAGUACCCCUGAAGGACUCAGUUGUUCGUCCUUUUAUCAAAACUCAUUUAGAGCCUGAGAGGGUUAAUGCAUGAUGCGUUUUUAAGUAUUUUUCACAAGCAUUUCUAAUAAUGUAUAAACUAAAAAUAAACACAAUGUAUUAGGCAAAGACAUAGUGCACUUGUGAGAUUUUUUGCUAGAGGCAGUUAUUAGCAUUUAUUGAGUUACGUAAUCUGUCCGGUCAUGUUUAACAACACGUGUAAUGAUUAUCUUUUUUUAUCUCUUAUUUGUUUUCUAUUUGUCAAUUUUACACAAUUUGAUGUUUAUUUGUGAUGAACAGAGUUGUUGGUUUAUUUUUUAUUGCACAUGUAGGUGAGCACAGAUAAGAAAGAACAUACUAAAUAAAGCUUCGGCUCACUUUGGAGCACA